AUGUCUUCAGGAGCUCAUAUUCCAGGGUACACGGGGUAUGUCCCCGGUAUACGCAAAUACAUUGGACAACCUUAUGGAAAGGCUACAACUUUUGCUUUUAGGGGUCGCUAUGGGAAACAUUCACCUCUCACGCAAAGCUAUGAUAAUCUGAACACAGGAGCUCCUUCUUCUGGCAUGCCGGUGCGCACAGUAGCCGGUUACACUGGUCAUUUACCAGGUCGAAGGUUUCUGAUGGGAAGAUCAUUUCGACAAGAACUAGAGAUCCUAACGCCGUCGUUACAAAACAGGUCGGAGCGUAAUUCAGAAAACCUUCAAAAAUGGAGAUCAGAACCAGACAUGUUGUCCAAGCAGCUAACUCUAGGAAUCACUCCGGUUCACCGGUUCAACAACAGUGGAGAGUUGGAGAAAAAGCUUGACAAAAUCAUUGAUUUGUUAGAAAACAUACCUCCUGAAUCUCGAGUCAUGGAUUCUCCUUUAGUACUGAGUGAAAGCAAGAACGACCAGGUUCUAAAUCAUUCAACUAACUUACCCUCGAAUUCAAGUUAUCAAUCAGUGACAGCUGUAGGUGAUGUCGAAAGUGUUAACAUAUUUGAACAAGACCUUCUUUGGAAUCGCAUUCCUUCUACAUACAAAAAAGGCGUUAAAACCUACAUUCCAGGCUACCAAGGUUACGUGCCUAACUUUCGAAGCUCGACAGCCAGCCUUGGUGUCACGUAUGCCAGAGCAGCCGCUGCUUUGAAUAAUAUUCGAGAUUUUAACUCACAGAAAAACAAGAACACUACUCCUCGUUUGGAAACUUUUAAUGUUCAAGAUGGCGAAAGAGAAAAUGAUGGAAAUUAA